AUGUCAGGAUAUCCAGUAGCUACAGUGGAGAGACUUGAUCGGCCGAGUGCCUACUAUCUGGGGAAGAAUAAGAAGCGGAGGUAUAACCAGGACCGCGAUGAAGGCGACAAGCCUGAGGACCCCUUCGAACCACUGAAGAAUGCCACAACACUCUAUGUUGGAAACCUUUCUUUUUACACCACAGAAGAGCAAAUCCAUGAACUUUUUUCAAAAUGCGGCGAGAUUAAGCGACUCGUUAUGGGACUCGAUCGAUUUAACAAGACACCGUGCGGUUUUUGCUUUGUUGAAUAUUACACUCAUCAGGAUGCUCUUGAUUGUCUGAAAUACAUUGGUGGCACCAAGCUCGAUGAGAGGAUAAUAAGAACCGAUCUGGACCCUGGGUUUGAAGAAGGACGACAAUAUGGGCGAGGGAAAUCUGGUGGCCAAGUCCGUGAUGAAUACCGGGAAGAAUACGACCCAGGCCGAGGAGGCUAUGGUAGAGCAUACGCAGAGGCACGGAGAUAUUCGGACGACGAUUAUGGGCGAGGAAAGUAG